ACACCAGCGUAAUAUGCAUGAAGCACUUUACGGAUAAGGAUUACAUGAGAACUGCUAGUCGACCAUCGCUUCGCCGCGACGCCAUGCCAACCAUUUUUGAGUGGAAAAUAGAUCCUGCUCCGGUGUGUGAGUCACAAAAUGACAGCGUUGAGGAGAUCAUUGAGCUACAAAAUUGCGAAGUUGGUUUAAAUGAAGGCGAUAAAGUAUAUCGGCCCAGGGACGGUACUCUUGAUGCUUCGACGUCACCUAUCCGUAACUGUGUUUACUAUGAUAGUGAUCUUCAGGAAGUGGAAGUGUUGAAAGUGGAAGUUGAGACAUUCAAGCGCGAAAAUGCACACCUCAAAAAGGAAACCGAAAAGCAGUGCACCGAGCUCGCUACAUUGAAGCGGGAGUCCGACCUGCAAUUGAAGAGACACGCAUGGAAAAUGGAGUCACUGCAAAAACGUUUGGAUGAAAUGGCUGCCCAAAUGAAAAAUGUGGAAGAUGCACUAGCUUCCAUCUUCACCAAAGGGCAGAUAGCGAAGCUGAAGUCUGGGUCGAAGCGACGAAAAUGGGCGGAAGAGGAUAUUGCGAAGUCAAUAUCGUUGUAUGCUGCCAGUCCUAAAGCAUACAGGUUGCUAUAUAAGCGUACAUGAUCACCCUGACCAACAGGAAUUCAAGUACCGUCUGCGACUAUACCUGCUAGGACACAACAAGGGCGUAUUAUCCGAUUCUGCUAAUGUAGAAGAGGAUGAUACGCCUGACAUAGAAAUCACGCAGCCUCCGCUUACAAGUAUUUUGCUGAAAAACUUAAGCUCUAAUGCAGAACUGUGGCCGGUUGAAGAAGCGGAAUUCGAGGAUUUGGAGCUAGACGGACUCGAGCAUUUAGCGGGAUAUAUUUGCCACAAGCUGCAGGAUGACAUUCCCAGCACGUCGUUCAGGAGCAAUGACGACCAUUCAUUCUCCUGGGCGGAUCACCUUAAUGAGGGUGGGUUAUCCCUACCAAGCUCCUCUAUGAUGGUCCAUAUGCGAAGUCUUGAGUCAGUCUUUAAGGCAUUGAACGAAGAUGGCUUUUUCAUUACAAAUGAUUUUGUAAAAACUCACAUUGAGCAUGCUGCAACAAUUCAAUGCGACAUUAAAGUAAAAAAAUUAUUUUUCAGGGCAAGAAUGUUCUUCAAAAUACGAAAAUUAAAUAAAGAACUCGUUGAAAAUGCCCACAAAAGAAAAAGAAAAGCCAAAAAAACUCUGACCUAGAUCGAUCCAUAUGGUACCAUUAUAGAACCGUAAGUAUUGCAUAAAAUACCAAACAUGUGGUAAGUUUUGAACUAAAGCGUUUUUAAAUUUGUAGAAAUUAACCGUUCUUUACUUGCAGCAUGAAUCAAUGUCCGCAUUUCACACGCACUGAUCUCAGUAUUUCAGACUCCUAAAAUUAAAAUACUUGCAUGCUACGCAAGUAAUAUGAUUCAUCCAAAGGCCCUUUUCAGGGCCGCCAA